UGAAAAGUUCGGCGGAGUUGAGGCCGGAGUGGCCCUCGUGUGCGGUUCGUCCUUCUUGUUCCGUAAUCUAGAGGAGAGCUGUUGGACUCGGGGAAGUCAUGAACUGGUGCAAGCUGGGGUCAUGUAGCAGGGCCUUUGCUAGCGUGCUUGUUCUUCUUAAAGCAGCCAUCGCCCUUUCCUUCCGACGGUCUGGAUCCUUUUCUGAAGACCUUCCCCAGUCUGUCCUGUCUUGUCUUGUCUUCAACGCUGCCUCUCCCACGUCGACACAUGGACUGACGUGCAAUGGCCAAACCCGUGUCUAUCCUGGUCACAGGCUUCGGACCCUUUGAUGGAACCGGCCCCGGCAAUCUCUCCUACUCGGUUGUGACGACUUUGCCGAAAUACCUUCCCCCAACGCCGACAUGCCGUGUCCCUGUCCAGGUCUUCAUCCAUCCUUAUGACAUUCCUGUCGCAUACAACGAGGUGCGCACGAUAGUCCCGCGCCUCUAUGACGCAUACGCCCAUCAAGUCGACAUUUGGCUGCAUUUCGGUAUGCGCCCGCACCAAGACUUGUACUCGAUCGAACAACUCGGCCGUCGCGACGGUUACGACACGGACACGGACAUCACAGGCUUCUCGCUCCCCAAGGACGAGAGCGACGGCUUUUUCAGAGGCUGCCCCAAGGAGCUUGAAAGCACUCUCGAUGUCGACAAUGUCUUCCAACGCUGGCGCAGCAAAUUGCUCGACGGCCCUGAAGUCUCGCCAGAACUCGGCGCCGUGAGAAUUCGCCAAAGCAGAGAUCCAGGUCACUUCAUCUGCGACUUCCUCCACUAUUCCGUUCUCGCCGAACACUGGAGGAGAAAGAAUGCUACCCCCAAUACCCCGCGCACCAUGGACUUGCUUCCUGUCAUGUUCCUGAAUGUGCCAACCAAGAAUACUGUCGAUCAACUGCGGAGAGCCAGACAUGUCACCAUCUGCCUCAUGCAAGCUCUAGCCGAGAGUUGGGACAUGCACAGGAAUACCUCGGCCAAAUCCUCGGCAUCAUAACGAAGGCAUACCAUCG